UGAGAAGCAGAAGAAGAAGCCUAAGAUGUCCGAUGAGGAGAUCUUGGAGAAAUUACGGAGCAUAGUGAGUGUGGGCAAUCCUAAGAAGAAAUACACACGGUUUGAGAAGAUUGGACAAGGCGCUUCGGGCACUGUGUACACGGCCAUGGAUGUAGCCACAGGACAGGAGGUGGCCAUUAAGCAGAUGAACCUUCAGCAGCAGCCGAAGAAAGAGCUGAUUAUUAAUGAGAUCCUGGUCAUGAGGGAAAACAAGAAUCCAAAUAUUGUGAACUACUUGGACAGUUACCUUGUGGGAGAUGAGCUAUGGGUUGUCAUGGAAUAUUUGGCUGGAGGUUCUUUGACAGACGUGGUAACGGAAACUUGCAUGGACGAAGGUCAGAUGGCAGCUGUGUGCCGUGAGUGCCUGCAAGCUUUGGAGUUUCUGCAUUCGAACCAAGUUAUUCAUAGAGACAUCAAGAGUGACAACAUCCUGUUGGGAAUGGAUGGCUCUGUCAAGCUAACUGAUUUUGGAUUUUGUGCUCAGAUCACCCCAGAGCAGAGCAAAUGGAGCACCAUAGUGGGAACACCAUACUGGAUGGCACCAGAGGUUGUGACCCGGAAAGCCUAUGGGCCUAAGGUUGACAUUUGGUCCCUCGGCAUCAUGGCUAUUGAAAUGAUUGAAGGGGAGCCCCCAUACCUCAGUGAAAACCCUCUGAGAGCCUUGUACCUCAUUGCCACCAAUGGGACGCCAGAGCUUCAGAAUCCGGAGAAGCUGUCAGCUAUCUUCUGAGACUUUCUGAACCGCUGUCUUGAGAUGGAUGUGCAGAAGAGAGGUUCAGCUAAAGAACUGUUGCAGCAUCUAUUUCUGAAGAUUGCCAAGCCUCUCUCCAGCCUCACCCCACUGAUUGCUGCAGCAAAGGAGGCAACCAAGAACAAUCACUAAAACCACAUCACCCCAGCCUCAUCGUGCCAAGCCUUCUGUGAAAUAAAU